CGCAUGCGCUCAAUCAGACAGUCCUCGUGUUGUGCAAUAACCGCCAUAUUUGCCGACAACUAAUCAAAACAAAGUGUCUUUCAAUCGGUUUUUAUCAUAUAUUUUGUGUCAUUUGGUGUUCAAGACAUCAAUCAAUUGUUUACUUAAUUCACAACUAAAUUGAUUAGCAAAUCAAAGAUAUGCCGCCAAAGAAGGAAUCGAAAGAUACGCCGAAGACUAUACUUUUAGGCCGACUGUCCACUAAUCUUAAGGUCGGCAUUGUUGGCGUCCCUAAUGUCGGAAAAUCUACAUUUUUCAAUGUCUUAACCAAAAGUGAGGCCGCGGCUGAAAAUUUUCCGUUUUGUACAAUAGAUCCGAAUGAAAGUCGGGUUCCAGUACCUGAUCAUAGGUUUGACUUCUUGUGCCAAUACUUUGAACCUCACAGCAAAGUCCCGGCCUUUCUUAAUGUGGUCGAUAUCGCUGGUCUGGUAAAGGGUGCGAGUGAAGGACAGGGACUCGGAAAUGCCUUCCUUUCACACAUUAAAGCCUGUGAUGCGAUCUUUCAUCUCUGCAGAGCCUUUGAAGACGACAAUGUAAUUCAUGUCGAGGGAGAUGUCAAUCCUGUUCGAGAUAUUGAGAUAAUCAACGAAGAACUUAGACUUAAAGAUGAAGAACAGUUGAUGGCAUCCAUCGACAAAUUGGGUAAAACUGUGCUCAGGGGUGAUAAAAAAGACAAAGCUGAAUAUGAUAUCCUAAUGAAAAUAAAGCAACUAUUAGUGGAUGAGAAGAAACACAUCAGAUAUGGUGAAUGGAAUGGCAACGAUAUUGAAAUCCUAAACAAAUACUUGUUUUUAACAUCAAAACCAAUGAUUUAUUUGAUAAACUUAUCGGAGAAAGAUUUCAUCCGCAAGAAGAACAAGUGGCUCAUCAAAAUGAAGGAAUGGAUCGAUACUAAUGAUUCCGGAGCUGCUGUCAUACUAUUCAGUGGUAUUGUCGAGACCAAACUGGUCUCAAUGAGUGCUGAAGAUAAACAACGAUUUUUAGAUGAAAAUAAGACACAAAGUGCUUUGGACAAAAUUAUAACAACCGGUUAUAAAGCACUUCAACUUCAGUACUUCUUUACUUCUGGUAAGGAUGAGGUUAAAGCCUGGACUAUACAGAAAGAGACUAAAGCUCCACAAGCGGCCGGUCGUAUUCACACCGACUUUGAAAAGGGUUUCAUUAUGGCUGAAGUCAUGAAGUUUGAUGACUUCAAGGAAGAAGGAUCAGAGGCUGCCUGUAAAAGCGCCGGCAAAUACAGACAACAGGGAAGAAAUUAUGUGGUAGAGGACGGAGACAUCAUUUUGUUUAAGUUUAACGCCGGCGCCGGACUUCAAGCAAAAAAGAAAUAACAUUUUAUUAGAUUUAAUUUAAUUAAAUUUUUAAAUUGUCACUGAAAUUAAUUGCAACAAGUUU